AUGACCUUGGAUAAAUGCCUUCAAGAUAUGACAAAGCGUUCACUGUUCCUGGCUAUGAUUAAAAGAGAUGGAAAGAUUAGUGGGCAAGAGCUGGAAGAGGAUGACGGUCUAGGAUAUGAAUGCAUAGAAGCUGCUGACGAUUUGGUUGGAUCUUACCUCAAGAAGGAAGAUGGCACCUUCAUGUUUGAUCAUUCGUCUAUAUAUGACUGUGUUUCCUUUAUUCUCAGUACAAAACUGUCGAACUUUGUUAUCGAAAAUUGUAGUUUGUUUUUUAUAAAUCAACGACUUCGUCUUGCACCCCUCAGAGAAAGAGAGAAAAAGGUUGCUGGAGAGACAAAUCUUGUUGCAAACAUCUCAUGGACUUAUGCUGGACAUUUAGCUAGAAGAUUUGCAACUGAAGUCGAAAUGGGCAAUUUGUUGCAUGUUUUAUCACACCAGGCAUUUUGUAAUUCAGACUUUGUUGACUUGCUAAUGGACAGCCUGAAGACACACUGUCGCAUGUCUGUUACUGAUAUCGUGAAACUAACUGAUAACUCAUCCAAACAGUCAUUUUGUGAAUUACUUUCCAGCAACAAGUCACAUCAUCUCAUCAAAUAUAUUAUGGAGAAAGAAAAUAUCUCAUUCAGCAAGAGUGAAAGUAGGGACAUUUUACUGGGUGUGUGCACGAAUGCUGCGAGCAGUGUACUGAAAUACAUCAGCGGGCGUAUGGAACUUGAGGUAAAUGCUAACUACGGUCAGAAGAAACAGACGCCGCUUAUGUUAGCAGCAGAAACCAGAGACAGCGUGUUUGUCGAUCAGAUUUUGUCUCUUCAACCAGACCUGAAUGCAAAAGACACGCGUUGUCGAAGUGUGUUUUCUUAUCUUUGUGGAAAUGGCCUUUCGUCAGCUGCGGAGCAUGCGAUUAACAUGGGAGUGGAAGUUAAUCAGGAUCAUGGACCUGUGGAGCACCCUAUAUACUUUGCCAUAGCGAAUGGUCACUUAGAAGUGGUGAAAAUGUUGAUUAACAGAAACUGUGAUGUAGAUAUCAAGAAAGGUCUUCCGUAUGCUGUAUGGAGCCUGAACGCGGACAUUUUACAGUAUUUCUUCGACAGAGGAGCAGUGGUUGACGGCAGUGUUGUGUGCUUAGCUUGUGAGGUCGGGAACGGAAAUAUAGUUGAGAUGUUGUUUGAGAAGGGUGCUACUGUUAAUAUGGUGUCAUCUGAUGGAGAAACUCCACUUUUCAGCGCAUGUUUAGGAAACUCAACAGUUGUCUCGUAUUUGCUGAAGAAAGGAGCAAGUGUGAACCAAGCUUCAAAUCAGACAGGUGACAUACCACUUCAUAGAGCAUCAGGGCCGGGAUCUACAGAGUGUGUUGAUGUGUUACUGAAGGCUGGAGCUGCUGUUAAUGUACAUAAUGAUGCAGGUGACACACCACUUCAUGCAGCAGCAGCAGCAUCAGAGUGGUGUUCUACAGAGUGUGUUGAUGUGUUACUGAAGGCUGGGGCUGAUGUUAAUGUACAGAAUAGAACAGGUGACACAUCACUUCAUAUGGCAGCAAGACGGGAAUCUAGAAAGUUUGUUAAUGUGCUACUGAAGGCUGGAGUUGAUGUGAAUGUACAGAAUAAUAGGGGGGACACACCACUUCAUAGGGCCGCAGCAGGACGGGGAUCUAGAAAGUGUGUUCAUGUGUUACUGAAGGCUGGGGCUGAUGUUACUGUAGAGAAUAAUACAGGUGACACGCCACUUCAUAGAGCAUCAGGGCGGGGAUCUGCAGAGUGUGUUUCUGUGUUACUGAAGGCUGGGGCUGAUGUUAAUGUACAGAAUAAUACAGGUGACACACCACUUCACAGGGCAGCAGCAUGGCGAGGAUCUAGAAAGUGUGUUGAUGUGUUACUGAAGGCUGGAGCUGAUGGUAAUGUACAGAAUAAUACAGGUGAGACACCACUUCACAGGGCAGCAGCAUGGCGAGGAUCUAGAAAGUGUGUUGAUGUGUUACUGAAGGCUGGAGCUGAUGGUAAUGUACAGAAUAAUACAGGUGACACACCACUUCAUAGAGCAGCAGGACGUGGAUCUACAGAGUGUGUUGAUAUGUUACUGAAGGCUGGAGCUGAUGUUAAUGUACAGAAUAAUACAGGUGACACGCCACUUCACAUUGCGCAGAGUGGGGAUCUACAGAGUGUUGAUAUGUUACUGAAGGCUGGAGCUGAUGUUAAUGUACAGAAUAAUACAGGUGACACACCACUUCACAUUGCAGCAGAGUGGGGAUCUACAGAGUGUUUUGAUGUGUUACUGAAGGCUGGAGCUGAUGUUAAUGUACAGAAUAAUACAGGUGACACACCACUUCAUAGGGCAGCAGCAGGGCGGGGAUCUAGAAAGUGCGUUUAUAUGUUACUAAAGGCUGGAGCUGAUGUACAGAAUAACAGUGAUGGAGACACGUCAUCAGGCAUGGAGGAUGCUGAAAAGAAGGAUGUUUAUGAUGAGAGUUUGACGAAUUCAGUGAUGGCACAGACGAGGAUGAAGAGGAAGGGAUACGAGACAUUUCACAACUUGGAGCAGGUGCUAUAG